CAGAUCACUUUCUUCAUGCUGUUGUCUGCUGUGUGUGUGAUGCUGAACCUCGCUGGAGCCAUCCUGUCCUGUCAGAACGCCCAGCUGGUCAACUCUCUGGAGGACUGUCAGCUGAUCAAAUUUGACAGUGAUGGUGUGUGUGUCUGCUGCGAGCUUGAGCACCUGAGAUCCACCUGUAAUAAUCUGGGAGAGACUCUUAAACUCAACCCGCUGAGGGACUGCAACACCAUACGCCUCCGACUGAAGGAGCUGCUUUUUAGCGUGUGUGCACUGAAUGUUAUCUCCACCAUUGUGUGUGCUCUGGCCACAGCCGUGUGCUGUAUGCAAAUGGUUUCUACUGAUUUACUACAGAUGUUUAUGCCACACAGAGCACGAGCCUUGAGUGCGGACUGUAUGACCCCUCACGGUACCAUCUUACACCAGACACUGGACUUCGAUGAGUUCAUCCCACCCAUCCCUCCUCCCCCCUAUUACCCUCCAGAGUACACCUGCACACCCAUGAUGGAGGGCCAGAGAGGGUUGCAUCUGGAUUUUCCACACUCUCCCUUCAGUGCCAUUUAUGGAGUACCUAUUAACAGCCCUGGAGCUCUGUAUCCAUCCGAGCUGCCACCACCAUAUGAAUCUGUCGUGGGACUGACACCUGCUAGUCAGAUCACCACCAGUCUUGAACAACAGGCCACUGAGUCAAGUCUCUGUGACAGGAACACCACAGCUGGCAUUAGCACUCAGGCCUCCGUUGAUAGUACUUCCCUCAUGGUGUCAGAAACUGCAGACAUCCCUGAUCACAGUUCAUCUGAAGAUCUGUGUUCUCUAGAGGUCCAGGGCUCUGAUUCCUCUCCAUAUGGCCCAUUACCCAUCGUAGCCACUGGCGGCAGCUGCACAAGCCUGGAACACAGCACCCGCUCUAACCUGAGGCGACAGGCCCGUGCCCACUUUGACUACAGAGAGUCUUCUGUCGUGCAGGAUUCGAAGCCCCAGUCGCCCCAAUUGUCACCUGAUGCUGUCAGUGGCCUUGACAAGGAGGAGAAUACAAGUCUGAAAUCCAAGUCUCGAACACAGCACAGAGAAAGAACCAAUAAGAAGCUAACCCUCCUUUUUCCUUCAAACGCUCCAUGCUCCAGUGCUUCCAACUCUGCAGUGACUUCCGCUGCAGGUGCAACUUCUGCACUUACACCCUCUGCCUGCACCUCCCCAUCACCCACCGGUCAGCUGCGGGGUACACGACUAUGCUUCAGUGUCUGGUCCUCAUCUGCUUCUUCCUCUGUGGCUCCACAGCCAAAUGCUACCUCAGUCCUCAGCAGCUCAAGCCCCCACGAGCGUCCACGCACGCUGCGUGCCACCAGAGGGUACAGGAAACUUGCGAGGAUUGUGCGCUCCACUAGUGAACCAUUGUCCUGUACUUCCAUAUCUAGAAGUGAUCGCUGUGCUGCUAACCAUCCACCCGAGGACUCCCCACAGACUCCCUGUGAUCAAGCAUGUAUGGAGCUCUCUGAGAACGUCCGACCGCCAUCUGCCAAACAUGGUAGCCAAGGGGGAAAGAAACAGAAGGAUGUAAAAUCUGACAUUCGACUCAAACCUCACCUCCCUGUUUCACCAUCUACAGAGCGCCCACAAUCUCUUGCAGACCUCAAAACUUACAAAGACACCAAAGUGCUGGUGGCAAAAUUCCUGGAGCACUCUAGCUGCAGUCUACCUCCAGAGGUUCAGCAGGUGGUCAACAGCAUUAAAUGUGUUAUUAAAUCUGAUGAGAAACACAUGGAGGAGGCCAUUUUCAGCGCCAGUAUUAUUGAUCAGUUAAUGACACACUCCCAGAAGAUCAUGGGUAGCCCAAGGAAGCUUGCUCAUGGAGACCUGCAUUUACAGAGCUGUGGAGCUUUGAGUUCCCCGUCCUCAUCCUUGCGCCGUUCACCUCGAGAAACCAGACAGAGGGAUGUCUCUGCUACCCUGGAUCAUCAAUCGCCACAUCACCCUCAAAGCCUCAUCAGUGUAUGCAGAGAAACUACACUCUGACCCCCUGGACCACAACACCUUUUUCCUUAUAAUCCUCUGAACAUGUGCCAAGGCCAAAUCCUUAAUCACAUCAGCAGAAACUGUAGCUCUUGAAACAACAGCAAGUCAAUGUGGAGCUAAUGUUCCUCAAAUGAUAAUAAACAAGGUUCUAAAAAAGAAACACCAGGGUGUUUACCUGCAGGGGUAUAUAUUUUUAUUUUAAUGUCAGAAAAAAGUAAAAUAUUUGUUAUAAUAAAAACUGAUGAAUUUGCUAGUGUACUUAAUAGAAGAUUGGGUCUGUAGUUGACCAAAGGAGAGCCGAUGGAUUUACCUCUUCAUGAAACUGUCUAUUUGAUUAUACAAAACAUUAAAAUACACAGCUUCUGCAAACAUUGUUAAAUAAUGGAUAUAUUUGGUCAUUGUGUGCCACUGCAGGGCAGAGAACUUUUUGAAGCUGGAUUAUUCAAUUUACCUCAGUGUGUAAUUUUUAUUUUCAGUGUUGCAAAAUAAAAAUGUGUCUGUUUGUAUUUUUCCUCUAUGGACUGCUAUUAUAAGCCUUUCACGUUCAUUUGUUGGUUUAAGGGAAACAUUUUUCUUUAUUAAAACCUUAAAGGGAUAGUUCACCCAAAAAUUCUGCCAAGAAUUACUCACUCUCUAGUUG